AAACGCUACAUUAUUAUUGUACGUGGGUACUACCGUCGCCGUAACGCGAGCGAUCGUUGUUGAUCGGAUUUUUGGAUUCCGCCUCCCGACCGCCGACGGCCGACAGUCGUCGCGUACUCGCGUGCACUCUGCACACGUCGUCCGUACAAUCGAUAUCGGUCGCCGGGGAUCGCUUAUUUUCACCCUUAGAUUACGAUUUUAACCCCAUUACUUGCCCCCUUGACCCCCUCCGAACAACGUCGAAUUUUUAUUUUUUUUUUUUUUGGCACGCACCCGUCACCGAUUAUCAUUUACCCAUUAUUAUUAUUGGUUAAUUCUCACGGACCGCACACACGCGCACGCACCGACUAUAAUAAUUUAUCAUCGUUAUCAUCGUCGUCCGGCAAUAUCAUAAUAAUAAAUAUUAGCAGUUUAAUAUCAUCGAUGUGGACCACGAAACGCCGUCGUUGGAUCUUCGGUAUUAUUAUGGUGUAGCGAUCGUGUUGAUCAGUGAUCGUCGUCGUCGUCGUCGUCGUCGUCAUCGUCGUCGAGCAGGCACGAAAAAAGCCUCGAGCCAUGGACCGAGCCGACGGAUCGAGAAAUUUCGCUGGCAACCCGGACAUCUGUUCGCAAGCUAAACAAAGAGCUACAAUAAAAUGGCUUCUGUCAAAGGCAUACAAUAAUAGAAUUCCGGAAAAUGUUAUUGAGCCAUUUUAUAAAGACCAUGAUAAUCAAGAACAUCUAAAACCACCUUUGGUCCAUUCUUUAGCUAAUGCUGAACUUUAUUGUCUGGCACUAGGAAAUAUAUAUUCUGAUCCAAAUUAUCACAAUCUUAACCACUGGGGAGUUAUUCAAGCUUUGAAUAAAAAGGGUGUUACUGUAAAUGAUCCAUCAGUAACAGAGACUGUUUUAAUUCAAACAACACCUUUAAAACUUAGUGCUCAUAUGGCAAUAAUGGAAGCUGUUAUGACAUUGUAUGCAAAAGAAGUAGCAACACCUAACCGCGUGAUGGCUGCUAUACAAAGACUGAAUCAUGUUCCUCACAGAACCACUAUUGUAAUGCCUGAGGAUAAUGAAAGAGCUAUUUUAUUAUGGGUAAAUCGUACUGUUGAGGCUUUAAAACAUCGAAUAUCUAGUUCACAAACGGAGAAUUCGUCUGUACCCGACAUUGCUCCUGUGAAUGAUUUCCAUGAAAUGAGCGAUGGUGCAGCUAUAGCAGCAUUGAUAUCUUUUUAUUGUCCUGAUGAAUUGCCUUGGCAGUAUAUUACUGUAUCUAAAGCACCAACAUCUACUGACUGUAUAAAAAAUUUCAGUGUUAUAAAUGAUUUUUGCGAUCAUAGUUUGCCUUUUAGCAUAUUUCAUAUGAGGCCACAAGAUGUAUAUUAUAUUAGAGGAUCUAUGAAAACAAAUUUAAUUGCAUUUUUCGCUGAUUUGUUCAAUGUUUUGGAAAUACAUCCAGCUAAAUGUGUCAGUUUCAAUCAGGGUAGAAAUGAUUUGGCAGACGCAUAUCCGAGGAAUAGCCACGGAGUAGCGCAUAAACGUUUGUUACCUCAAGCAAUUUCUGUUAUACCGGAUCUUCGCAGUAAUUUGGAUUCACAUUCAACAGGGUUUACAGGCAUGGCACAUAACAAUUCUGUCAAAAAAGUUUCAAAUACAAUAACACCUCAACAACCACAAGAAGGAAAAAAGACUAGCCGAUGUAAUGGUGAAGAACAAUUUGUUGUUCAUCGUAAUCGCUCUGUUCUUACACUAAAUUCAAUGUUAAAUCCUAGUAAUGGUGAUGCUAAUAAUGAUGUAGCAGCAGGUAAACCAACUCAUUGGGAAGAUACAAGAAAACAAUCUUAUGCUGGUCGACGCUCAAGAAGAAAUUCAUUUUCUGAAGAUUCACAAUUAACGGUUGAAAAUUUUGGUGGAUCACAAGAUAAUUUACAUUUUCUUGGCCGAAAUCCUGACAAAGAACCGGCGAUUCACGUUGGAAGAAAAGAUAGCAUUAGCAAAGUAACUAAUUCUCACUCUCAGGAAAAUGAUAGUUCUGGUGUUCAUAAUCUAUUACAACACUCCAAUACUAGUCCAGCAAUGUCGAGGGUUUCCAGUGAUGCAUCAAACAACAGUCAAGGACUUCAACGGAUGUUGUAUGAUAGUUUUGAUGAUGUAGAAUCUGUUGUUCAACCAGCUAUGCCUACUAUUAAGCGCAGUUUGUCUUAUGUUGAUACUACUACACAACCCAUGAAUCCAUCCAGUACUACUACGUGGUUACAACAAAGUUCUUCCUCUGCUGCUCACAGUGAUCACGGAGAUGAUUCUGAAAGUGAUGGUUCUGUUAUGAGUUCACAAUUGCUCAAUAUAAAAUUAAAAUUAGAAGAAAAAAGACGACAGAUUGAAAACGAUAAACGUAAAAUGGAAUCUCUUAUGAAUAGACAAAGACAGCAAGUAGGAAAAGCUGCAUUUUUCCAAGCUGUCACAAGAAGUAAAAAUGGUGGUAGGAAUUUACAAAGUCCAGAUUCAAACUAUAGCAGAAUGAUGUUUAAUGACGGUAAUAUUUCACCAUCUUCUAUUAAAAAUGCACAGCAGUCUUUUUCAUUUCCGGAUAAUGGGAUGGAAAGUAAAUGGUCUGAUCGAAUGAGUCAAUACACGGAUGAUCGCAAGACACCUGAUUUAGAUCACAUUAAUACAGAAGAUUAUAAUACCCUAUCCAAAAUGCAUUCAAAUUAUCAAGAGAUUCAAGCAGAUUUACAAUGUUUAGCUAAUCAACAAAAUCAAAUGCAGCAUAAUAGUUUACAGUCAGAAAUGAUACAACAUUAUCCAGGUAUCCAGUCACUACAACAAGUUUAUCAAAACACUCAUUCCAUUCACCAACCUCAAAAUUAUUUAAUCAACCGCCAACAAAGUAAUAAUUGUGUAAUGCCUAAUGGACAAAUGAUUCAACAUAUGGAACAUAACAACACUGAUAAUAAUCAACAAUGGCACAGUCUUAUGAAUCACAAUCAACCACCUAUGCCAGCAUUUAAUAAUUAUAAUCAACCACAGCACACACAAUACCAAAAUCAGCAAGGUUAUGUCAACCAAAGACCAGUUUCUUCUAAUACACUACCAAAUCCCAAUGUAUAUUCUCCAGCGGACAACCAUUAUUUGUCACAAGACCCAUAUGAGCAAAUAAUGCCAUCUAAUAAGGAAACACAAUCCCAACAGUUUUUCUUACACAACAAUCAACAACAACCGCAACAGCAUCAGCAGCAACAAAAAUUCAGAAAAAGUUGGGACAUUUCUUCAUCACCACAGACACAUACUUUUGCUCAAGAAUCUCAAAACGUUUGGAAUGGGAGUCGCACAAUACCAAAAUCUUCACAACCAUCGUCAUUGAGUGGGUCGCCACGUCAAAAGUCUGAAUUUGCUCUGUUAAAUAGAUCUGGUGUUAAAACUAGUCCUUCAUCACCAGUUCCUCCUCCUCGUCGUAAUUCCAAUCAUGUUGUUAGCCACUCUCAAAUGCCAACUCCAUCCAUUGACGAUAUGCAACCUCAAAGUAUUUCAUUCAUUGGCAACGAUGCAAAUAAAUCAGAUCUUGAUCUUUCUGAAAGCUUGAAUAGAAUUCAAAUAACAUCUGGACAUAGGACGUAUAGGAUACCAUCUCCUACACGGACACAUAUGCCAAUUAAUCGAAAUUCCUUCAAUGAUAAUAAUACCUCCAUAUCCAAUACUAGUCAAGAUACAUCAGCAAAUACAUCGGAUAAAGGUUUUUAUGUCUCAUUUGAAGAUGAAGAUGCACCUAAACGACCCAAGCCCCCAUUGAGAAUGAAAAAAAUUGUGUCAAAAGAAAGGAAUUUAACUCAAGUAUUAAACAAUUCUGUGUCUCUAAACAACUUGGAUAUUUCUCCUAGACAUUUUAAUUCUUCAACAAUUGCCAAGUCCAAAGAAUUAUCUACUCCUGUUAAAUCUGCCUCUGAAUCUGCAGUUUUGCAGAGCUCCAAUAGCAAAAUUAAUCGUUCCAAAACUUCAACUUCAACUGGAGUUGAGCUCAUUAUUGAAAACCAAAAUCCAGAUCCUGUGGCUAUUGAUGAGAUGGAAAAGAAAAAAGAAAGAAUUCUUUUAUUGUCCUUACAACGGAGACAGCAACAAGAAGAAAUUAAGAACAAAAAAGAAAUUGAAGCACAGAAACGUAAAGAAAAAGAGAAAGAAAAAGAAGAAAUGAAACUGCGCAAGAAAGAAGAAGAAAAACAAAGAAGGGCAGUAAUAUUAGAACAAUACAGGAUUAAAAAGACAAUUGAAGAAGCCGAAAGAGAAGGGAAAACUGUUGAUAAAGAACUUUUGAACUCGUUGAAAAUCAAUAACAAUCAUACUAUGGGUGGCCCUCCAAGGUUACGGAGUAAAAUGCAGAGUGGACGGCCCCGACCUAAAACUAUACAUGUUGAUCGGAGUGAUACUCCUGAUGGAACAAUGACACCAUCUCGAGGCAAAAAAGGUUCAAUCACAAAUCUUGCUACAUUGAACUCACAAAUUAGACGAGAUUAUUACCGGGGAUCACAAGACUGCUUAGCCGAAACACGGCGAACAUCAACUUCCUCUCUUUACUCAGACUUGACUGAUGAAGGGAAACUUAAUACUCCAAGAAAUUUGGACCGUCAUGGAUCUUACAAAAAUUCUAGAGAUUCUUCUUUGGACAGAACAAAGCGUAAAACAAAUUUUGGAUACUACAAUAGUGCACCUCGUAAAUCCAGUUCUCUCAUGAAUUUGUAUGGGGGUUCGAGCUGUGACCAAGACAGCAUGCUGUACCGGUGCGGUGAUACGGACUCGGGUCUAGGACGGGCUACGCCACCAAGGAGGGCCGCAUCGCCGUCUGGUCCAGGAUCGCUACCUGUCCGACGAAAGUUCGAUGAUGCCGCAAGUGAGAGCGGUGGUAGUGAUUACAGCGGUCCGAGGCUCUACAAACAACCAGUGACUAAGUCCAACCGUGGUAUAAUACUGAACGCGGUAGAGUAUUGUGUGUUCCCGGGCGUAGUGAACCGGGAAGCCAAAAAGCGGGUACUUGAGGAAAUCAACCGAUCUGAGGCCAGGCACUUCCUAGUGCUGUUCCGGGACACGGGCUGCCAAUUUCGCGCGCUAUAUCUUUACUACCCAGAGACUGAAGAGGUGGCAAAACUCUACGGUACUGGUCCGAGGAUUGUCACUGAUCGUAUGUUUGACAGGUUUUUCAAGUAUAAUUCGGGCGGCAAAUGUUUCUCACAAGUGCACACCAAGCAUUUGACUGUCACCAUCGACGCGUUCACCAUACACAACAGCUUAUGGCAGGGUAAAAAAGUAAAUUAUCCCAACAAAAAAGACAUGACGCUAGUCGUUUGAUGCAACACCGAAGCCGCCGGCCCGGGCAAUCGUUGUCAUUUGUUUGUUUAAUUUUGUAUUAUUAUUAUUAUAUAGGAUAAAAUAUAAAUACCCGCCGUAUAACUUGUACGGUAUACGAUUUUAUGUUGUUAUCUCGCCGCUUACCACACGCCAAGCGCCAGUGAUUUCUUAACAAUUUUCGUUUAACACAAGUCUUAAUUUUAUUUCGGCUGUCGUCUAGCAUAAUAGUUAUUAAUAUUUAAAUAAAAAGUAAUUAUAGCCGAAUAAUAACUACUACCUACCUACCUACCUACCUUUAAAUAUAAUAUAU